UGUGAGUACAAACUUCGUAAGGUGCAGAUCUCCAACGAUAAAUUUAUUGUAACAUUAUUAUAAAUAUGAAAUGUUAUAAUAAUUUAUUGUAGUAUAAAUAAAAUUAUUUUACAAAUUUUAUUAUAGUAUAAGUUUAUAUAAUAUAAGUAAUAGUAAUUAACAAGUGAUAGACAGUGCAUGUGAUUUAAUUGAUUAGUGUAUAAAUGUUAUGUGGGCAUUAAAAAAAAUAAUUUAAAAAUAAGUAAUUAGUAAUUAAAAGUGAUUAAAAUGUCGAACGAUAAUGCUAAAGUUUCGGAUUCGGGGUAUACAAAUACUUGUGAACACAGCCAAUCCCAGCAAAAAAGUGGAAGUUCACCCUCUAAUAAAAACAGCAAUCGUUCAGGAAGCAGUGGUUAUUGUGGUGAUCAUCCUUUCAAUUCUGGUAUCAGCAAUGAGGCGCUUACUCAGCCAAUCAGCGAGACAAAAGAUAAAGAACACCAGAAGAAGAAAUCAAAGACAACAACGCCUCUUGGCAGUGGUACAAAAUCAGCCCUAAAAAGUGUAGGCCAACAGACCAAGACUGGUCCUUCUACAGUAGUCUCAAAUAUAUUAGAUCAAAAGUUUGAAAAAUCAGAAGAAGUAGGUAAUGUAGAGUUGGUGGAUGCUAAGGAACCUGGCGAACACAAUGGCGAUUCAAACUUCAUCAUACCCAAGAGAGAAAUUGUUUCUCAAAUCAAUUCUCCGGACAGUAUCAGCCCAAAAUUAAAUGAUGGGUUUUAUACGGUGGUUUCGUUGAAUGACGGACUCAUACUCUAUUCGUCAAGUUCUCUACAAACGGCACUUGGUUACCCAAAAAACAGUUGGCUCGGUUGUUCAUUCAUUGACUUUAUUCAUCCAAAUAACAGAAAAUUAUUUAUGGAUAAACUUUCCGAUGGAAUUUUUCUAUUAUUAAACAAUCGUCAAGAAAAUAUCAACGAACAACGAACAAAUUUCUUUUGCAAUUUACAAUGUAAUCCGCACAAUAUCCAGAAAAAUGAUGAUUCAGAUGCUAACCAAAAAUCAUUACAUCAAAUUCAAAUAGUAACAGAUAAUGAAAAUACAUCAAUAAAAACAUCAGCCUAUUUACCAUUUCAUAUGAGUUUGUGCUUCAAAAAUUUUCUUGAAUCUAUGGAAAAUGCACAUUCAUCUACAAUGGCUUUAAUAAUAAGAUCUGAGCCAAUACUUUCUGCUUAUGAAGCAGCAGAAAAUAAAAUAACCUCAUUUACAACUCGUCACAAUGCAAACUGCCGUUUUACUCAUCUCGACAACGAGGUGGUCCAGUAUUUCGGUUACUUACCUCAAGAUAUGAUGGAACGCUCAGUCUUCGAUUACUAUCAUCCAGAGGAUAUGCCUUCUAUCAAAGAGAUCUACAAGACUAUUAUUAGACUUUCUGGAGCGGCUUUCAAAUCGAAACCAUACAGAUUUUAUAUUCACAAUGGAGAAUAUAUUUUAUUGGAGACCGAGUGGUCGGCGUUUGUCAAUCCGUGGGAGAAAAAAAUUGAAUUUGUUAUAGGUCAACACCGUGUUCUUCGUGGUCCGGUUGAUGUAAACAUAUUUCAUCAAACUCAGCAACAAUUAUCAAUGACUAAUAUAAUGAAUGAUAAUUUGAGUGAAGAAGUUUUGAUUAAAUCAAGGAUCAUUGAGGGCGAGAUCUGUGCCCUCCUUGCUGAGAGAAUCCAAAGCUGUACUUUCGAUGGUGGCUCGGCUAUAAAAUUCAAAGAUAUCGCAUCAUUUGUCGAAAACAAGACUUGUGAUAACGAUAAGAAUUCAUUGCCUACAUCUAGGACAUCUGUAAUGGAUACGGAUGAAAAGAGAUUUUCGAAACGUGAAGGUGUGAUGGCGGGCGAGAUUUCAUCUCCUCAGAAAUGCAGUGGCACUAAAUCAUCAAGUGAAACACCGCUGACUUACCAUCAAUUAAAUUAUAAUGAUAAAAUCGAAAGAUUUUUCAACAGCAAACCGAUAGUUAAUAUUGGGUCCGUCAUCGAGGAAAAAAUAUUUCACUCCAAUUCUCAAACUUCAAAUUCAAGUCCAAGAAAAAAUGGUAGCGGUGGCAGUGGAAGUGGAGAAUAUUUCAGCAACGGCUCUAAUAAUUUAUGCAGUGGCAAAGAUAGAUUUAAUAAUAAUAGUAAUUCAACUUCGACAGAUAAUUUUCAGGCAAUUCCUCUUACUGAAAUAUUACUUAAAAAGCAUAAUCAAGAUAUGGAACAACUUAUGGUUCAAAAACAUAAAAAACGUCAGUCAAAUAUUAAGACUGGAAAUUCUCAUAAAAAUAAUAUUAAAAAUGAUGAUAAUAUUAUUAUUAUUAUUAAUAAUAAUAACAACAAUAAUAAUAAUGUUACUGAAGAGGCAAAAUUAGAAAAAACAAAAGAUAAAAAAAUUCAAGAUAAAAGUCGAAAUGGAAAACGCAAUGGCUGUCUAAUUCUCGAAGAUGAACAUGUUAAGGUACCUAGAUAUAAUGGGACCAAUAAAAAUACGGAAAAACUCUUGGUAAAAAAACACAGAGAGCGAUUGUCAAGUGGAAAAACCAGUAGAAUGGAUAUAAAUACUCAAAGACUACACAUUGAAUCUGAAGAAUCAGAGCUUACAAAUUCUUGGAGUAGACGUGAUAGGAAACGCAAAUCUGGGCAUGUUUGUAAAGAAGAACUUUUUAAGAUACCAAUGAAGAAUAAAAGAUAUAGAAGUAGCACUAAAAAUAAUAAUGCAACAUUGUGUGUGAAAACAAAAAUAGAUAAAUUUGUAUUAAAUGAAGUGCGAACAAAUAACAACACGUGGUCGCAACUGCCUUCAACUUAUCAAAAUACAUUACAUCCUUCUGGUUUAAAUCAAAUACCAAUUUACUAUGCACCUGUUGCACAUAUACAAAUUGACAAUAAAAACAUGGAAUCACAAUCAGCUCUGCCACAAUAUUCGAGUGUAUCAUUCGGCCAGUAUCAGUAUCAGUAUCAGUAUCAGCAGAGUCCAUAUGUAUCGUACCCAACAUCGUAUGGCGGAAUAAUGUAUCCAACAAUAAUUAGUGGUGCUGGCUCAGCACCAACUCAAUUUACUUAUCCUUCUAUGAUGGCUCAGGGUCCAAGUCAAUUAAAUAAUUUGCAAAAACCUGUUACUUCAUUAUCGGGGAAACAUUCAACGGAACUAAAAUGGCCGAUAGGCCAAGAUACUAGUGUCAAAGCUGAACUCGGUAGUAUUAUGGCAACCACAGAGUCGUCGAAAAAAUUAUAUUCACCUAGUUAUCACUACUCGUCUUGUGUCAGUAUAUAUGAUAGAAAUGGACAAAAUGAAUCGAGUAUUGAAGAUUCAAGUGAUUCCAGUUUUUAUGGAAGUUAUUUGACGACCAGCACUAACAGUAGUUCUAAUUGCAGUGAGAAUGAUUACACUGCACGUAUUUCAAAGAUAAAUGCAUUGAACAAUGGUGGGGGCGAGUCGACAAACAGACGUUUUGGGAUGAUAAGUAGUUUAAAAAAUGAAACGGCACAGCAUAAUAUGGAAGCAACUACAUCUUCACUGCAAAAGAAAGGCUUGCCGUGGUAUCACAGUGUACAAAUGACACCUGAAAUAAUUUAUAAUUAUCAAAUGUCUCCGAAAGAUUUAAGUGAAGUUCUUAAAGACGAUCUCGAAAAACUAAAGACAUAUAAACAACCACAUCUCGUAAGUGAUCAGAUAGAUCAGCUUUAUCUUGACCAAGAACUCGAGAGUUUUAGCACUAAACUAAUUUUGGAUAGCGGCAACUCGUCACGUGACUACGAUUCUUUUAACCAGAGCACUAAUUGUACAUCUUACGUUUUGUCUCAGGUGAAACACGAAUGCACAAUUUUAUACGAAAAGAAAUGAAGAGUAAUGUGUGCGCAAUUAUAUAUGAAGAAGAUGCACCUUUACCAUUAUUAGCUUAACCAUAACUAAUUUAUCCUCAUUAAUUUUUAAUUACACUCAUUUUUUUUUUUUUUUUAAUACACGGAUAUUGUUUUUUUAAUAGUAAUUUUAUAUAUUAGCCGUUAGUAUUUAUAUGAAUUUUUUAUCAACAUAAUAUGAGACGAAUUCUAUGUAAAUUUUUUUUUUAAUUGGUAUAUAUUUUCAUUUAAAUAUAUAGUAAAUGAAUUAUUUUCAACAUUUAAUGUUGAAUCAGAUGAUUGGAAUAGAGGUUUGUUGAAUGCUCUUCUUGGAUUCAAUGACAGCGGAAAAAGUUUAUUUUAAUCGUAUUUUUUUUUUUUACAAUAAAUAUAUUGAUUGGAUUAUGUUUUCUUUUAUGAGGUCGCAUAAAUUUAUAAUUUAAAAAUCAUUAAAUUGAUAUCGUAUCAAUUUUUUUAUUCAAGUAUGAAAACGUAAUUACAGUAGAAUAUUUUAAUGAAAUAUUGACUUUUAAUUAUUAAUUACAAGUAUUAAAAGCUUUGGAAGAUUUAAGAGAUUUUUGUGAGGAUGAUAGUUUGUUGUGUGGCAAGCAAUAAAUUAAGACGAUUUUAGACGAAGAUGACGUUAACCCUCCGUACGUCACGCGGUCCCGCCAGCCUUCGUUCCACCGCCAUGUAUUUAACCUUUAAACGGUAACCCCGGUCUGACAGACCGCUAAUCAAAUUUAAAAAUAACUAAAGUGUAUAAUAUCAUUAAAUCAUGUUUUUUUAUGAAGAUAUAAUUUUGGCAUUACCUGUAGCGUGCAAAUUUUUGGGCUUACCGUUUAAAGGUUAGUAUUGUGGUGUUGCCAAGUAUCGUAACUAUGAUUUUUUUUAAAUUUGAACCACAAGCUUAUACGACUAGAUAAUUGUAAUUUUUGUAUUAAAUACAAAUAUUGAAAAAAAGAGAUGAAUUAAUUGAUUAAGUUAUAAAUUAAGCUGAUGGUAAUUGGCAACACUGCGGCAGAAAAUUAAACGUCCGAGCUUUCAUUUAUCCGAUACUGAAAAGUAUAGUAGAAAAACUCAUAAAGUUUCAAAAGACUAUGAAAUUUAUAAUCUUUUAAUAAAAAUUGCGGCUCUGCCCUUAUAGCAAAGCGGACGAAGGGUCAAUGGGCCGAGCCGAAGGCGGGAUCUGACUCUUAUCUACACGAAGUAUAAAAUCGUGGUUUAUUACGUGCCAUAUUUUACAAAAAAAAAAUUCUUGACUGAAAGUAAAUAUUCUUGAUUCAAGACAAUUUUUUUUAGAACCUCAAAUAAAGUAGAAAUCUCCUUUGACCAAGACAAGUUCUCUUGACUCAAAAAAUUUUGACUUGGUUCCUGAAAACGUUUGUCUUCCAAAAUAUUUUCUUGAGUCAAGAUAACUUUUUUUAUGUGUACUUUUUUUUCUUAUUGGAUAAUUUUUCCGCGAUGGUCACGUACCAAAUUCUGUAGUAUUGGUUUUUUUCUCAAAUAUUAUUUUUGCUUAGUUGAAUUUUUCAUAGGGUAACUUGAUCAAUAAAUGGAUGACCCUCAAUAAUUAGGCGAAAAAUGUUUUAUUAAAUUUCGCUAAGAAUAUUUUAUGAAUUCUUAUAAAAAGUACUGAAUUUCUGAUCAAUUCUGAUAAGAAAAUUUUAUAAGAAUUUAUCGGAAUGGUUAAACAGAGCGUUUAUAGGAAUGUUGCGUCUAUUUACUGGAGAUAUUAGUUUUUCCUCAGUUUUUCCGUUUUUAUUAUAUACUACAAUUUUUUAUACUACUUUUAUAAUUUUUUCGAGUUCCUUAUGAAUUUUUAUGUAAAUAUAACAUAACUGAAAUAUUCACCAAUAUUUUAUUAUAUUAUUUCUCUAAAAAACCGAGAGACAGCUGAACAAUCCAUUUAUUGGUCGACUUACUUUAAUCUGCAUUGAAAGUUAGAAUUUCAAUGCACUCAAAGAUUAGAACCCGACUGGUUACUGUUCUGCACCGUACUGAGUCGGGUGCAGAACAGUAACCAGUCGGGUUCUGAUAUUGCCAUGUGUUUAAAGCCAUUCAUAAUAAGAUAAGUAAGACCAAGAGCGCAUGAAUUAUAAUGUCAGAAUGGUUGGUUAUAAUGGCAUCGUAUAAAUAUUCUGAUGUUCACCCCGCGUAAAAAUAAAUUUGUUCCAAAAAGAUUUAAAAAAAGUUCGACAUGUAGAACUUAUAAGUUUGAGACAGAUUAGAACUUCAAGUUUAACUUUUUCCGAACUUUUAGAAUUUUAAUAGUAGAAAAUAUAGUUGAUUUCGAAUUUUAUAUGGUCGAACUUUUUUGGAAUCUUUUUGGAACGAAUUUUUUUUUACUCGGGCCAAAUUAGUAUAUUACACACCAAGGGAGGAAAGUAGGACAUUCUAACCCUUGGGUAUAAUUGCCUACCCGAGCUGAAGGAAAGGGUGGCAAACACGCAGAUUGGGAUGUCCUACCUUCCUCCGUGGUGUGAAUACGAUUUUUUAUCAGACCUGUACAUGAAAAAAAGAACGACUUCCUUCCCUUUGAACAGGGCAGGAAUUUAAACUUUCGGUGCAGCUAUGGUGAAAAACUUAUUUAGCGGGUAAAAAUCAAACAUUUUCUACCGGCAAAAUAAAAUUGGCCUGAAAUCGGCUCCUUUCGACUGCCUACUCCAGCCGAAGGCAAACACGCGAAUUAGGACGUCUUAACUUAUUCAGUGGUGUGGAACGUAAGAGACCCAGUACCCGAUCAGGGAACUAGUAACCGAUUACUCAUGUAUUUGUAUAUCUAUAUAUACUAAAUUUUAUCAAAUAUACAAAUUCAGGGAGCGAUCGAGUACUAGUUCCUUGAUCGGGUACUAGGUCUUUUACCUUAUACUAUUUUUCACCACAUCUGCAACGAGAAUUCAAAAUUUCUGUCAUUUUUUCACAAAAAGUUGGCGUAUUUAUAUAAUCAAUUUUUCCAUUAAAAAAUAGUACAUCUUUUUUCUCGUCAAAAAGACAGGAAUUUGAACUUUCCGCGCAGGUAUGGUGAAACAUUUUUGCAUCCAAAAUAGAAGAAUAAGUAAGCAAUAUAGCAUUCGCGGUAUAACGAUAAGUUUUAAAUUUUUGGUUUCAUUACAGUACAAUCUGGUUAUAAGUUUAUCGGCUAUAUGUUACUUCGCGAAGAAGAUUAAAUCUGCGGUCCUUUUAUAAGUUAAUAAAGUAUGUACGUAGAUAAUAAUUAAUGUAACGGGACCUAAGUCCACCUCCGCCGACCGGAAGCCGUUUCCUCACCCUUUUGGGCAUACACGCGCUGCGUUAAACCCUAUACCUCUACCAUAAUAUUAUAAAAGCGAAAUGUGAGCAUAAGCUCACAUUAGGUAACCCGUUAGACAUGCAAUGCAUGUGGAUGCCUCACCUCCAGCCACCACGAGUCCAACCUCACUUGGGCCCAUCUCAUUCUGGUCGAAGUGGGACUUGGAAUGGACCCCCCGUGGUACCAAUUCCCUGUAUUGGUCUUCAGGUUUAGUUGCAGAUUAGUUGUGAGAUGCAACUUCUUCUCAAUACCCUAAAAAGGGUUUCUUCCACUUAUAAUCACUAAGAUUUCAGACAUGCCAUUAUACACACUUGCUCUCAUCCAUCACUUGGUGAUAUCUUAUCUACGAGUUUUUUCGGGCGCCAUAAUCUUUUGAGACAGAUCACCGCGGGGUUUGGCCCACUCGAGAAUGUACGUAGAUAAAUGAGAUACGUCAACUAACUUAUAACAGGAUUGCGGGUUCAAACACAAACACGACACAUGCAUAUACAGAAAACCCAGUGAUCGCGGAGUAAAAUAUAGCAGUAGGGGAAAGCCAUUUCCAAAAACUUUUGUUCCCUAUUGCUCCUAACAGCUACUUAUAACCAGGCUGUACUGUAUACUUUACUUUUAAAUUAUAAAAUGGUGACUUAAAUUAGUUUAGAAAAAUAGGAUGUAAUUUGUUAAAUAGAUAUACAAAAAAUAUGAUGAACCGUAUACUGUGUCAAAAGUACCCGGAUCUAGUGUUCGAUCCCAGGGUUCGUUACAUUUUAAGAAAAAAAAAAACCAGUCAAUACAAAAAUUAGAUUUUUCAAUCUUCUUCAAAGCGGUAAAAUUCAAUAUUUAAAAAUAAGUUUUUAUAAUUAAAUACUGAUCCAAUCUAUUUGUUCAACUGCAGAAACUCAAAGCUAAGAUUUCAAAUAAUGUCAGUCAGUAUAUUUUCAAAUGAAUCAUACAAAUAAUAAGUACUAUUGCAAUCAUCAAUAAAAACAAGUGCUUUCGAUAGAAUCUGAUACAUUUACAAUAGUCAAUAUUUAUAUACCGAUUAAAAUAGGAAAAUAUAAUCUCUCAAUCACGUUAAAAUAAUAUACAAAUCAUUAUAGUAUCGAUAAAUAACGAAAUUAUUUAAUACAGCGAUUUUAAAAGUAAAUAUAUCGAAACAAUAAAUAGAUAUCCGAAACAAAUAAAUAACUAGGGACCAACUAAACAAUAUAUAUUUUUUGCAUUUACAAUUAAUAAUAUAAAUAAAUGAGUUAUCAAACUGAUAUUUAAUUAAAAUAGAUUACCGAAUAACAAACUCGAAAUAACGUGUGACUUAUACAACCCAUGUUUACUUUAUAUAAUCAAUCGGACGAAUUUACAUAAUAUAACAUAAUAUUCUUGUAUCAUCUACAUUUAUUUAUAUUUAAUAUAUAUAUAUAUAUAUAUAUAUAUAUAUAUAUAUAUAUAUA